ACAAAAUUUUGGGUCGGACAAUUCUUAAUUUCAUUUGGGUCAAGUCUAUCUCCCUCUGUUUUUCUUUGAUACACAAUUUCAGCUCUCUCUCCUCCGUUCCUUUCCCUUAAUUAUCUAUUCAACACCUGAGAUUAACAGCUCUAUCAUAGAUUGAUAGUUAAUCUGUAUCUUAAACAAUAGUUAUCAAGAAUAAUACAAGGCCAGCAGCUCCAAAAUCUCUUAUUUCACGAGAUUAAUCCAAUAUAGAUCUGGAUGAAUGACAUAUGUAUCAGAUGAAAAGCAUUCCUAGUUCAAGUUUGGUCCAUAAAAGCUCAUUGGUUCAUGAUCAGCAUUUAGAUUGUGGUGCUAAUACAAUGGACCCUAUUAAUGGAGGGAAUAGUCUCAACAACAACCCAAGCCUUGCUUCAAAGCAACGACUGCGUUGGACUCAUGAGCUUCAUGAACGCUUUGUUGAUGCUGUGGCACAACUUGGUGGACCAGAUCGAGCUACCCCCAAAGGUGUUCUCAGAGUCAUGGGCGUGCAAGGUUUAACAAUAUACCAUGUCAAAAGUCAUUUACAGAAAUAUCGACUUGCAAAAUACCUCCCUGACUCUUCAUCUGAUGGGAAAAAAUCUGACAAGAAAGAAACUGGAGGUAUGCUUUCCAAUUUGGAUGGUUCAUCUGGAAUGCAAAUUACAGAAGCACUCAAGCUUCAGAUGGAAGUACAAAAGCGACUGCAUGAGCAAUUGGAGGUGCAGAGACAGCUACAGUUACGUAUUGAAGCCCAAGGGAAGUACUUGAAGAAGAUAAUUGAGGAGCAACAACGACUCAGUGGAACCCUAGGAGAGGUGCCUAGUGCAGAGGUCUCUGCCCCAGUAUUAGGUGAUAAUUGCCCAGAAUCUGACAAGAAGACUGACCCAGCAACCCUUGCUCCAACUUCAGAGUCCCCCGUUCAAGACAAGGCUGUCAAGGAGUGUGCCCCAGCCAAAAGCAUUUCUAUUGAUGAAUCAUUCUCAUCUCGCCAUGAGCCAUUGACUCCAGAUUCACGUUGUAAUGUUGGUUCCCCAGCUGUGAGCCCUAAAGGUGAGAGGUCAAUGAAGAAGCAACAGGUAUGCAUGGGCACAGCAUAGGCAAAACCAGAGAUGGUCAGAUACUGGAGUCAAGCUUAAACUCCUAUCGACAGCCACAUUCUGUCUUCCUGGCUAGAGAGGGGUUCGAUCCUUCAUCUGGAUUAUCUAUUGGAAAUGAAAGAUGAAAUAGAGAAGGUUUCAGGCAAUGAUCUUUAAUUUUGGUUGUUACAUGAUGCCUGCCCUUAAUGGCUGCCCACAUUUUUCUUUUCUAUGUAAUUUCUAAGAAUAUGUUCUCAAGCAGGUUAAAGAACCCAUUAAUGUUAGAUGCCGCAGAUAAUUAGGUUCAAGGAAAGCUGUUCAUUUAGGGCACUUUCCUUUCUGUUGGAUACUUGAGGUUGCUCAUCUAGAAGGUGGACAUGCGUUGUGAACGGAGACGGGUGGUUUGGUUAAAAUAUGUACAAUAGAUCUCGAUACUUGCAUC